CCGACUCUUGGGAGUUGGGGAGCGGGGGUGCGAGGGGGGACUCUGGAAAGUUGGGAGAGACAGAAGAUGAUUCAGGGCUCUAGCGAGGGAACCCUUAAGCUCCCUGCCCCGUCCUGCUCGCUCAUCCACACCCCAGAAAAACUUAAUUUUCUGAAGCUGGAAAAGUUGCCGAAAUUUUCCUUUCAGCAGUGUGAAGGGGAGACAUGGGUGGGCUGCGGCACGCUUGGGUGGGAAGGGGUAUCUCCCUGUUUCCAUCUCGGGCUCCCCUGUGGCUGGGUAGUGGGCAGGAAGGUGACUGAGUAGGCAUGUUUGGGGGAGUCUCUUUAGUUUUGGGGGGUCGUUUGCUAGCUCCCGCCUCCUUCGCCUAGGUGAGUCAUAGAGGAAGGAGGCGGGAGAAGUGUCCCCCCGUCCAGCUGCCAGCCAGCUGUGCCCCCGCAACGUAGUGCCCAAGGUCGAGUUGGGAGGUCUUGGUUGCGGGAUCUGGAUCUGGGUCUCCGCUGGGAAAGGAGGUGUUAGGUAGGGUACAGCCUAGGAUGGGGCUCGGGCUGGGUCAUGGGGUCCGGGCUCAGCUCCCCAUCUUACCCCGCCCUCACCCUAAAUCCCAGCAUCCCGGGAUCACCCACCGCGCCGGCCGGCCCGCUCCCGGUCGUUCUCCACCCUACCCCGCCCCACCCCACCCUCAAUCCUGGGAGGCCGGAAAACCCGGGAUGGAACUAAACUGGAGUUUGAGGAGGAAAGCGGACAGCGGCACCUACUUAUUCCUCACUACUCCUCUGAUGGAUGAUGACUUUUUGUUUUUAAUUCUCCCAGAGCGUUCCCUCACAGUCCCGUUCCUGUUACCCCAAAACAGACCAAAAAGGUUAGGCGGCUGCCCAGCUUCAAACUAUUCCUGAAUAACACCAGCUUCCAACCUGUGUACUCGAGAGACCCCGGAGACUCCGUUCAGAAAUCUUACGCCUUUCCACACAGUUUUCUGCCUUAGAGAAGGGCAGAUCCUCCGCGCUCUCUCCAGGCCCCACCAGCCUCCCUGCCUGGGCUGUGGCGAGGGCUCCCUCUGCUGGACACUGGAGAGGUUGUAGACGGCAAGCAACAACUCGGAAAGGCAAAGGGGGCCCAGGCAGCAAGUCAGCCCAACGCUUGAAGUCACUUCUCCUCAUGAGUUUCCUCAUCCCACCCCCUCAAAGCUGGCCCAUGGUGUCACAGCAAGAAGAAACAGAGGUCCAUGGUAUAAAAUCACUUGAAACUCGAGGGAAGACUAGUCCACAACACUCCCCCUACUCUCUCUCUCUCUCUCUCACACACACACACACACACACACACACACACUACCCAAGGCAAAGCUCCCACCCAGUUCCUGCAAAGAUCCCCAAGACUGGCCCUACCUCUAUAGGACUUCUCUCCUUACCCUUCCCCAGGCUGAGUGAUGCUCAUUUCAACUUGAUUUCCCACAGCAGAUGUCUUAGAGGUGCUCUGCCCAGGGUUCUGUUCCUGAGUUAGUUAUCUGACCUUCCCUUCUGCCUUUAUAACUUUCAGAUCUCCUGUCCCCUUCUGCAGUGUCCCCACACUGUCCUCUGAGACACCAUGUUCAACUCGAUGACCCCACCGCCAGUCAGUAGCUAUGGCGAUCCCUGCUGUCUCCGGCCCCUCCCCAGUCAGGGGGCUCCCAGCAUGGGGACAGAAGGACUGCCUGGUGUGCCCUUCUGCCACCAGGCCACCCUCAUGUCUGGUCCCCACAGUUAUGGGCCAGCUAGAGAGACCAACAGCUGCACCGAGGCCCCACUGUUUCCUCCUCCCCGGAGUGCAGUCAAGUUAACCAAGAAGCGGGCCCUCUCCAUCUCACCUCUGUCGGACGCCAGCCUGGACCUACAGACAGUUAUCCGAACCUCCCCCAGCUCCCUCGUGGCCUUCAUCAACUCACGUUGUGCAUCUCCAGGGGGCUCCUAUGGUCACCUCUCCAUCGGCACCAUGAGCCCAUCUUUGGGAUUCUCACCUCAGAUGAAUCAGCAAAAAGGGGCCACGCCUUCCUUCGGGGUCCAGCCCUGUGGUCCCCAUGACCCCACCCCAGGGGGGAUGAUGCUGCAUCCUCAGUCCCGGGGACCCCUCCCAACUUGCCAGAAGCUGAAGUCUGAGCUGGAUGUGCUGGUGAGCAAGUGCCCCGAGGAGCCCUUGGAAGGUGAUAUGUCCAGCCCCAACUCCACGGGCACACAGGAUCCCCUGUUGGGGAUGCUAGAUGGGCGCGAAGAUCCAGAGAGAGAGGAGAAGCCUGAACCUGACUCUGUGUAUGAGACCGAUUGCCGCUGGGACGGCUGCAGUCAGGAAUUUGACUCCCAGGAGCAGCUGGUGCACCACAUCAACAGCGAACACAUCCAUGGAGAACGGAAGGAAUUCGUGUGCCAUUGGGGGGGCUGCUCCAGGGAGCUGAGGCCCUUCAAAGCCCAGUACAUGCUGGUGGUGCACAUGCGCAGGCACACGGGCGAGAAGCCACACAAGUGCACGUUUGAGGGGUGCCGGAAAUCAUACUCACGCCUGGAAAAUCUGAAGACACACCUGCGGUCACACACGGGUGAGAAGCCAUACAUGUGUGAGCAUGAGGGCUGCAGUAAAGCCUUCAGCAACGCCAGUGACCGAGCCAAGCACCAGAAUCGGACCCACUCCAAUGAGAAGCCGUAUGUGUGUAAGCUCCCUGGCUGCACCAAACGCUACACAGAUCCCAGCUCGCUCCGGAAACAUGUCAAGACAGUGCACGGUCCUGAUGCCCACGUGACCAAGCGGCACCGAGGAGAUGGCCCCCUGCCUCGGGCCUCGGCUCUUUCCACGGUGGAGCCUAAGAGGGAGCGGGAUGGAGGCCCCGUCAGGGAGGAGAGCAGACUGACUGUGCCAGAGGGUGCCAUGAAGCCACAGCCGAGUCCUGGAGCCCAGUCCUCCUGCAGCAGUGACCACUCCCCAGCAGGCAGCGCGGCCAAUACAGACAGCGGUGUGGAAAUGACUGGAAAUGCAGGAGGCAGCACUGAGGACCUGUCCAGCUUGGACGAGGGACCUUGUAUUGCUGGCACUGGUCUGUCUACUCUUCGCCGCCUUGAGAAUCUCAGGCUGGACCAACUACAUCAGUUCCGGCCAGUGGGGCCCCGGGGCCUCAAACUGCCCAGCUUGACCCACACUGGCACUCCCGUGUCCCGCCGGCUGGGCCCCCCAGUUUCUCUUGACCGCCGCAGCAGCAGCUCCAGCAGUGUCAGCUCAGCCUAUACUGUCAGUCGCCGCUCCUCCUUGGCCUCUCCUUUCCCCCCUGGCUCCCCACCAGAGAAUGGGGCAUCCUCUCUGCCUGGCCUCACGCCUGCCCAGCACUACCUGCUCCGGGCAAGAUAUGCUUCAGCCAGGGGAGGUGGUACCCCACCCACAGCAGCACCCAGCCUGGAUCGGAUGGGGGGUCUCCCUGCACCUCCCUGGAGAAGCCGAGCCGAGUAUCCAGGAUACAACCCCAACGUAGGGGUCACCCGGAGGGCCAGUGACCCAGCCCGGGCUGCUGACCGCCCUGCCCCAGCUAGAGUCCAGCGGUUCAAGAGCUUGGGUUGUGUCCACACAUCCCCUACAGUGGCAGGAGGAGGACAGAACUUCGAUCCCCAUCUCCCAACCUCUGUCUACUCACCACAGCCCCCCAGCAUCACUGAGAAUGUCACCAUGGAUACCAGAGGGCUACGGGAGAAGCCAGAGGUUGGGACCUCCAUGAUGGGCAGUGGUCUGAACCCUUAUAUGGAUUUCCCACCUGCUGAUACUCUGGGAUACGGGGGACCUGAGGGGGCAGCAACUGAGCCUUACGGAGUUAGAGGCCCGGGCUCCCUGCCUCUUGGGCCUGGUCCACCCACCAACUAUGGCCCCAACCCUUGCCCUCAGCAGGUCGCCUAUCCUGAACCCACCCCAGAAACAUGGGGUGAAUUCCCUUCCCACUCUGGACUGUACCCAGGCCCCAAGGCGCCUGCUGGAACCUACAGCCAGUGUCCUCGUCUUGAACACUAUGGACAAGUGCAGGUGAAGCCAGAACAGGGGUGUCCAGUGGGUUCUGACUCCACAGGACUGGCACCCUGCCUCAAUGCCCACCCCAAUGAGGGGCCUACCUGCCCACAGCCUCUAUACUCCCACUACCCCCAGCCUCCCCCUCCCCAGUACCCCCAGUCAGGCACCUAUACCCAGCCACCUCCUGACUAUCUUCCUUCAGAGCCCAGGCACGGCCUGGAGUUUGAGUCCCCUACUCAUUCUACAGGACAGCUCAAGGCUCAGCUUGUGUGUAAUUAUGUUCAGUCUCAACAGGAACUGCUGUGGGAGGGCGGUGGAAGGGGAGAUCCCCCAGUCCAGGAACCUCUCUACCAGAGUUCCAAGUUUCUGGGGGGUUCCCAGGUUAGCCCGAGCCCUGCCAGAGCCCCAGUGGCCACAUACGGACCUGGCUUUGCACCUAACCUGCCCAGUCACAAGUCAGGCUCCUAUCCUACCCCUUCACCAUGCCAUGAAAAUUUUGCAGUCGGGGCAAACAAGGCUUCCCACAGGGCAGCAGCACUACCCCGACUUCUGCCCCCGCUACCCACUUGCUACGGGCCCCUCAAGGCAGGGGGCACCAACCCCAGCUGUGGCCAUCCCGAGGUGGGCAGGCUGGGAGGGGGCCCUGCCUUGUACCCUCCUCCUGAAGGGCAGGUGUGUAACCCUCUGGACUCUCUCGAUCUCGACAACACUCAGCUGGACUUUGUGGCUAUUCUGGAUGAGCCCCAGGGGCUGAGUCCUCUGCCUUCUCAUGAUCAGAGGGACAGCUCUGAACACACCCCACCUCCCUCGGGGCCCCCCAACAUGGCUGUGGGCAACAUGAGUGUCUUACUGGGAUCCCUACCUGGAGAGACACAAUUUCUCAAUUCCAGUGCCUGAAGAGUGGGGAAAUCACAGAUCUACAUUUCCUAAGGGGUUUCCACCCCCACAAAGAAGUCAGGAGGAAGAGACGUAGCCCUGUGGGUUUGUUCCACGGAUGGCAGGUAUAGGCUGGGGCUGUACACAGUCUAUAUAUAUAUUUGAGGAGGAAUUUGAUAAUGACACUGUUUCCUGAUAAUAAAGGAACUGCAUCAGAAA